AUGUGGAAGCUGAACAAGAGCAAAGUGCUUCUGGGCAACUCCCCCGAGGAGGAGGAGGGCCUGCGGGAGGGGAAGCCGCCGCCGCCAACGUCGGCACCCUCUGCAGCCGCACAGGUUCAAGGAGCAAGUUUUCGAGGUUGGAAAGAAGUGACUUCUUUGUUUAAUAAGGAUGAUGAACAACAUUUACUGGAAAGAUGUAAAUCUCCCAAAUCUAAAGGAGCUAAUUCACGAUUAAAAGAAGAGUUGAAGACAGAGAAGAAAUCUGGAUUUUGGGACAAUUUGGUUUUGAAACAGAGUACACAGUCUAAGAAACCAGAUGAAAUUGAAGGUUGGGAGCCUCCAAAUUUUGCUCUUGAAGAUGUAGCUGCUGAUUCGAGUGACCCCAUGAGUGACCAUUUGUCUUGGCCAGGUUGGGAAGAUCAUACUAAAGGCUCUACUAAGUAUACCACUCUAACCAGCUCAGGAAAUAGCUCCAGAUGGAGCAUCAAGUCAGCUGGAAAAUUGGUCAGUAUUCGACGACAGAGCAAAGGUAAUCUUACUGAUGACUGGGAAGAAUUGGAAUGA